AUGCCCGGCUCAGAUCUUCACAUCGUGCUCUCCAAGCAGAAGGACUUGCACUGCCCAGAUGCCGUGCUUCGUGAUUCCCUGCCGGAGGCCAUGAAGGUGGCUCAUGAGCGGGGCGGAGAUAUUUGGAUUCUGGGCGGAACGGAGGUCUAUCGCCAAUCCUUCGAGUUGGCCGACGAGUUUUGGGCCACACACGUUCAUGCCGACGUGGAAGGAGAUGUAUACUUUCCGGAUGGUUGGCAAGAGCAUUUUCCCACCGAGGCGCGCUAA